CAAACCUCUUGGAAUAGCAGGGAACGGUAGUGUGCACACGAUGAAUGUGCAACACAAUCAGGUCCAACUUUCGAAGACGUCAUGACUAUGAGCGCCGAAUACGAUAACCUGACGCUCCGAGUACUUCCUCGAACCGCCGAUCGCAACCAUAACACUGCACGAACAGGUAAAUCUUGCGAUGGGAGGAGACACCAAAGACACUCGCCCUAGUGUCAUAAUUGUCGGCGCUGGUGUUGGAGGCGUCGCCACCGCAGCGCGUCUGGCAGCAGCAGGGUGCAAAGUCACGGUAGUCGAGAAGAAUGCCUUUUCUGGUGGAAGGUGUAGUUUGAUACAUCGUCAGGGAUACAGAUUCGAUCAAGGCCCGAGUUUACUUCUACUACCUCAACUUUUCCACGAGACAUUCCAGGAACUCGGGACCUCGCUCGAAGACGAAGGCGUUAAAUUGGUCAAAUGCGAACCCAAUUACAACGUUCAUUUUCACGAUGGCACCUCUUUCAGACUCUCGACAGACCUCGCUGACAUGAAGGCUGAGGUGGAGCGUUUCGAGGGCAAGGACGGGUUUGAGCGCUAUCUUGGCUUUCUUCAAGAGUCGCAUCGCCACUACGAAUUGGCUGUCACUCAUGUACUGAAGAAAAACUUUUACUCGUUGCUGAGCAUGAUGCGUCCAAGUUUCUUGAAACAUCUUCUCGAAUUACAUCCUUUUGAAAGCAUCUACAGCAGGGCGAGCAAGUAUUUUUGGACGGAGAGAUUGAGAAGAGUAUUCACGUUUGCGAGCAUGUACAUGGGCAUGAGUCCCUUUGAUGCUCCUGGAACAUACAGCUUGCUGCAAUAUACGGAGCUGGCUGAGGGGAUAUGGUAUCCACUUGGUGGUUUCCACAAGGUGGUAGAAGCCCUCGUCAACAUUGGGGAGCGUCUGGGCGUUGAGUACAUGUUUGAUAGUCCUAUUGCCGAGAUCAAAAUCUCAGAUGACGGGAAGCGCGCAACAGGCAUUGUUUUCGAAGACGAAGGGAAGAAACCACUGCACGCGGACGUGGUCAUCUGCAACGCAGACUUAUCAUAUGCGUACAACCAACUCCUACCUACGACAUCCUUCGCGAAGUCACUUCUGAAACGCAAAGCUUCAUGUUCGAGUAUAUCCUUCUACUGGGCGCUCGACAAGCAGUUCCCCGAACUAACGGCACACAACAUCUUCCUCGCCGAGGACUUCAAGGAGAGCUUCGACAGCAUCUUCAAGAAGCACUUGAUUCCCGACCAGCCAAGCUUCUACGUAAACGUUCCGUCUCGCGUGGACCCUUCUGCCGCUCCUAAGGGAUGCGAUUCCAUCGUCGUACUCGUUCCUGUGGGACACUUGCACGACUCGGCAACAGACUCCCACAAAGGGCUUGCGAGCUCAGCAGGCACAUCGCAAGAUUGGGAUGCCAUGGUCGCUACAGCACGCAGCAUGGUUCUCAAGACUAUCGAAACGCGGCUCGCCAUUUCCCUCGGCGCGCAUAUCACAGAGGAGGUAGUCAACACACCACCAAGCUGGAAAUCCACGUUCAACCUUGAUCGAGGCGCGAUCCUCGGACUGAGCCAUUCGUUCUUCAACGUCCUGAGCUUUCGUCCGAAGACUAAACAUCGGAGUAUCGAGAGUCUGUACUUUGUCGGCGCGAGUACGCAUCCAGGGACUGGUGUGCCGAUUGUUCUUGCUGGUGCGAAGUUGGUCAGCGAGCAGGUUAUGGACUCGUUGCGAGCGGAGAAGCGGAUCCCGAGGUUGAGCUCAGGAGACAAGACACAGAAGAAGAGUGUUAAUCCUCUAGAUGUCACGCAGGGACUAGCAUUUGGCGGGUUGCUUCAGAUGGGUCUGCUGGCGUUCUUCGUCAUGUUCGUCUUGAGAUCUAUGGGUGUGUGGAAUUAGAAGGUAAUGGGCAUAGACAAUGGUAUGCGAAGUUUAGUUUCUUUCUCGCCCUUCUGAGGGAAAUACGGUGUAUUCGUAUCAUGCCAUGCUCGUGGUAUGGCUGUUGUUGCAUACUAUCUGCUGUUAGUCAUAAGCACUAUUUCUAUUAUCUCUCGAUCAGAGUCCGAAAUAUUGGCAUAUGUUCACAUAACACGUGCACAAUCAUCGUCAACAUGGGAG